AGUAAAACCACCCACAUAAAAAAAGGAAUCAGUAUCUCUAGAAAAUUUAAGGAAGUGAAAAAGAUUGGCAAACUGCAAGGCAAAAAAAACUUCCACACAGAUACCGAACAGGAAGUUCUUAAUGAAGUUCUAAUUGAAAACCAGAAAUUGUGGUAAUUGAAAAGGAAAUUAAUAAGAAGUCGUUAAAAAUUGCUAGUGUAUAGUUCAAAAUACUAAUGUGAUUUUCCUGUGAAGUCCUUAAAAAGAAAAGUGCAUAUCCUUUUCCAGCAAAAGUUAAUUUAACAAAUUUCAUGAAAUCAUGAAUCCUCAAAAAGCCAAAAUUUUGUGGACAACCAAAUAAGGGUGUUAUUGAUUUUUCCUAUAUACACAUCCAAAAAUAUCCUGUGAGAGAGAGAGCGAAAUUUACUCAGAGAAACAGCAAGAGUUACGGAUAGCAACGACAAAGAGUAAACGGCAAAAACACCUGUUUGGCGAGUGAAGCUCUCUCCGACUCUCUCAGUCUCUAUCUCUGUUGUUUACCAUAACAACCCAAAACAAACCGGCAUUUUGUGACAGGACGAAUCCUUAACUCUACUACUCAGCAGCCGGGAACAAUUGUUGCAUGCCUGUGUUUUGGUGUGUGUGGGAGUGUCGUAGCAAAACAAAAGGAGGACAAGGACAAAAGUAAAGAAAAACGGAAAACAACAAAAGCACGCAUUACUUUUUGUUUAUCAACAACGCCAAAGGAGGUUACCCCAACAACAAGCAAAUCUCCACGCCAAAUUUGGCAGUUGGAAAAAAGAGGACAACAAACAGGAAUUCGAAAAAGGAAUUUUCACAACUUUUCCUCAACAGGACAUUAAUAUUCCAUUGCAAAAAAUUCUGGAGCCCCCCUCAGCAUGUUUUGAAGAGCUAUCAAGCUUUAGUAUAAAAAUUCUUGGGGGGCUCCAACCAACCACAGAUUCCAUAUUUUUCAUGAAAAUCACUCUUCCCACGAAGCACUCGUAGAACUAACGAAAUUGAAAACUAAAAAAUUCCUCUCAUCAUCGAACUCCUUCAGAAAAAAUUGUGAUAAGCAGCAACCAUGAAGUAUACUAAGUUAAGCGGUGAUUCGAAACAGCACCAUCAACACUACCAUCACCAUGGGCAUCAUCAUGGCCAUGGCCAUCACCAUGGUCGUGGAGACGGUGGCAGCUCUGGCAGCAGUACGGGUGGCCGUUUCUCCAUGUCACUGUCGUCUUCCUCCAAACGUAACAAAAACAACUGGGGUACACGCGAACGUACCGGCAUGAGUUUCCUGAUUGUGAUAGCGUUUUUUGCCGUCUUUGGUUUGAUUAUUUUAACGGAGUUAUUUAUGAUUGACGAACGUGCCCACGGCGGCAUGAUGAUGAUGCGUAGCGGCAAUGGUUAUGGUGGUCGAUUUGGUGAUUCAAUGCCCGACUAUGAUAACGUCAAGGAUGACUAUGAUCUGCUGGAUGCUGGUUUAUUGAAUGAUAAUAAAUUGGGUUUUGUCCAGCUGCAUGACAAUAAAUUUAAAAUUCAAGAUGCUGACAGCAAUAACGGUGGCCGUUUGGCCGGUGUCUUGUUAAAUUCCCAAAGUGUUGGCAAUGCAUAUGCCGGUGCGGGCCUAGGUGGUGGCACGGGGCUGGGUUCAGCCUCCCAAAUGGCCGGUGGCAAUGGACCCCUCAUACCGUGGGGUAAAAUGUUGCCACCCAAAAUAGAAGAUUCCCUGCCUCAUUUUCCAAUUGGCUCGGAGCCAACAGAUGGUUCGUGGCAAAUUGUCAACGGUACACGUUUCAAAUUUUUCGUAUUCUCAGCGUAUUAUGAUCGCCGAGAUGGUGCGAAAUUGGUACGCGUUAUUGGAGCGACAAAGACGCGAGGUCCCGAGAGAGUAUGGUGUCGUUUUUGGUAUGUGUCGAAGAAUGCAACGACGGCGGGUGCUGGGAGAGCGCGAGAGAAGUAUUCAUCGGUUACUGUGAUGGCGAGAGUAAAGGUCAUCCGCGAAAAUUGGAGCUUGAAAUAUAGUGCAUGCUUCGUGCUGUGUCCCGUACGUCCCCAAGAAUAUGAAGUUCCUCAAUAUGUGAGCAUUGUGGCGCGGCUAAGAGCACCUCCUGGAAAUAUUUUAGAACUACGUAACACAGAUUGGGAUCGUGAUUUUACGGUGACGGGAGAGAGUAAAUCGGCGAAUCAAUCUUCAGCCUCCAAUGGCAAAGUAAAUUCCGUCCCAGUGCCGGUGAAGACAAGGUUCCCCACGGAAAACGAUAUCAAGGAUGAUAUAGCCAUCUGUGUAAAACCCUUCCAUUUCAACUAUGAUCAGUCUCUCUUUCUGAUGGAAUAUUUAGAAUUCUAUUCCCUAAUGGGGGUGUCGCAUUUCACAUUUUAUAAUCACACAAUUGGACCGCAUGUCUCCUGCAUCCUGGAUCAUUAUGUGCGUGGCAUUGUACCGGGAAAUUCAACGGCAGAGGAUAUCAUGGAAGUGGCCAAGGGGAAGUAUCAAGAUUCCCCAACGGCCACAUCACCACCCCCGAAGAUCCUCAAGAGCCCCAACUACCAUAAGCCCACCAUAGAAAUUUUACCCUGGAAUUUGCGCAUGCGUUCAAAAGAAAUUCGUACGGAGGGCCUUUUUGCCGCAUUAAAUGAUUGCUUAUAUCGUACCAUGUACCGUUACAAAUAUUUGGCCCUGGUGGAUUUGGAUGAGUUUAUUGUACCGCGACAGGUGGAUACAUUGAAUGAGUUACUGAGUUCUCUUAAUAAUCGGGUGCGGAAUCGCAAUACCGGAGCGUAUUCGUUUCAGAAUGCUUUCUUCUAUCUGCAAUUUGCCGAUGAUCCUCAAUUGGCCAAAGUGGAGAAGGGUGAAAGUUUGGAACUGGCCAAGCUGAGAGCAGCCCUGGUGACACAGAGGAAAACGAGGAGACGUUUCAAACUCCAUCCCCAAAAGCAACGUUCCAAGUACAUCUGUCGCCCCGAAGCCGUUGUGGAGGCCGGCAAUCAUUUUGUCUGGGAAUAUGCCCCUGGUAAGGGAUCUCUAAACGUCCCGCCAACAGAUGGCAUUUUGCAACACUACCGGGUCUGUGAAUUCGGUGGCAAUGAUUGCAUUAAGGCCCCAUCCAUUGUGGAUCGUACCGCCAAUAAAUACAUCAAUCGUCUGGUGGAACGAGUCCUUACCGUUUAUCGUUAUUUGAAAAAGAAAUGCGAACUACCCGAGCUGCCAGCCAUACCGAAACCUCAAACCCCCAAACCGGAAAUGAAACCCAUCAUCCGCAAGGAUAGCACUUUUAAUGAGGGUAAAACCAAACGUAAAGAUGUGAUGAUCAAACGGAUAUUGGAGAAUAAAAAACUCGAUGGUGAUGAGAAGAAGAAGCCCAGCAAAAGAGACAACGAAGUGAAGAAGGAGAGAGACAUAGAGGCCAAAAAGCCCGAGUCGCCGACAACGAUACGAAAUUCAAAAUUAUCCAAUGAAACAGUAACAGCAUCGAAUGUGAAUAACACAACAACAACGAUAAAUGGUAGAGGUCCUGCCAAGUUGGCUGUGGGGUCAGGUGCGAAUUCCUCCUCGAUUGUUGUGAAUAAAAUGACAUUGAAUAAUGCCACCAGUACCGUAAUGACAGCAACAACAACCAGCAGCACCAGCACCACCACAAGUACCGCAAUGACAACCAUAACUACAACAACAACGAAAGAAAACAACGCCGCAGGACAUGUUCAUGGUUAAGAAAACCCAUAAGGUUGUGGUAUUUUUUGUUGAUGACAAAGGCAAACCCAGAGCUCGUUUGGAAUACCAUUAGAGGGCUCCAUGGAAGAGAUUAGGGUUUGAAAGGUUUAUUUGUUUAAGUUCGAAAAAAAAAAUGAUACAAAAGAAUUUUAUUGCAAUGCAAUUAUCCCCGCCCUCCCCUAAUACAAAAAGACACACACACACACACAGACACAUAUGGGAAGUAAGAGAAUGAAAGAAGCCGCUGAGAAAGGGAAUUCCUCUUUGGGCAUUCGGCAAAAAAUUGGAGGAAUUCUUUAGAGAUUUUCUGUUUUAGAAGACCCCUAAAAGAUCUUCAAUUUA